UCAUUACAUGUGUUACUGUUUUUGUACUGUAUCGUGUUGCUCGCCGGUUUUUAUUUACAGAUUACCUGCAGAAAUGGUUUUAUGUUAAACACUUGUCUGCAUUAGUUAAACUAUAUUCUUGUAUUGUUGCUGUUAAGGUUGUAAAAUUAGUAGUAUUCCUGUACUGCAAGAAUCUUAAUAAAAGAAAGUUUUCUGAAUUUAUGCCUGUUUGGUUCGUGGUUAUUAGCGAACUGCAGUAACUUGGGGUCUAAGCGAGUAGAAAGGGAAGAAAGGCGGAUCCACGUGGUUUAAUCAAGAGACGGACACAGAUUCCAUUGUUCAAAAUCAAUAAAAAAGAUAACCGGGCAGGAGGGAAGACGUAAGAAACUGGGUAGUUGGUAAAUUUGGAAGGAUAGACUCACGACGUUGUAAUCUUGUCUUAAACGGAUUUGUUAUUAUAAACGUUCCAAAUUAUACAAGAACUGUGAUGCCUCGUAAGAAGGUGACUGAUGGAGCAGGAAAUGGAAAGGUCCGACCUGUGAACAAGAAGCGAGCUAGCGGUGGUGGUAGAAAGCGGGAGCGAGACUUCAGUAGCGACGACGAGGAACUCCUGGAGUUCGAGCUCUCGGGCAAACGGCCAGGCAAAGGCGGCGGGCCCAAGGCAGGGGUCUGUGUGCAGGCCGUCACCGAACCGGAGGCCACCAAAGAAAAAAUUAAACUUGAAGGCUCAAAGUGCAAAGGGCAGGUUCUUAUUUUUGGAGCCACAAAUUGGGACCUAAUUGGACGAAAGGAAGUUCCUAAACAGCAAGCUGCCUACCGCAAUCUUGGCCACAACCUUUGGGGUCCCCACCGUUACAGUUGUCUGUCUGGAAUUACUGUACGAACAGUUGUUUCUGGGCCUUGUGCUGCUCAUAACCUCCUAAUCACCACUGAUGGGAAACUCUGGAGUUGGGGUCGUAAUGAUAAAGGGCAGCUUGGUCAUGGCGAUACAAAAAGAGUUGAAGCACCAAAGCCCAUAGAUGUUUUGGAAAGUGAGGUGGUUGUAUUAGCAGCUUGUGGACGAAACCACACACUUGCACUUACAGAAAAUGGGACCAUAUUUGCAUUUGGAGAAAACAAGUUGGGGCAGUUGGGUUUGGGUAAUCAAACGGAUGCAGUUCCUAGUCCUGCACAGCUUGUGAUCAAUGGGCAACCUUUGGUUCCACUGUGCUCAGGAACGUUCUCCCGUGACAUUCCUUGCAAGGGACCGUUCCUUUACGCCUUUAGCUAUCCCUCCUAUGGUCAAUUUGGUCACAAUUCUGAUGGAAAGUUCAUUGCACGAGCUCAGAGGAUAGAGUACGACUGUGAACUGGUCCCUCGCAGAGUGGCAAUUUUUCUAGAAAAGACAAAAGAUGGGCAGAUCUUGCCAAUUCUGAAUGUUGUAAUCCGAGAGGUUGCAUGUGGUGCUAAUCAUACGCUGGUUCUUGAUUCUCAGAAACGUGUCUUCUCCUGGGGCUUUGGAGGUUAUGGACGGUUAGGACAUGCAGAGCAGAAAGAUGAGUUAGUACCUCGUCUUGUGAAGCUUUUCGAUUUCCCUGGCCGUGGUGCAUCUCAAAUCUAUGCUGGGUACAGUUGCUCAUUUGCUGUUAGUGAAACAGGUGGCUUGUUUUUUUGGGGCUCUACCAGCACUUCUCGGGAUUCUACCAUGUAUCCCAAAAUAGUGCAGGAUCUGUGUGGUUGGAAAAUUCGCAGCCUGGCUUGUGGAAAGAGCAGUGUUAUUGUUGCUGCUGAUGAAAGUACAAUCAGCUGGGGUCCUUCACCAACAUAUGGAGAACUGGGCUAUGGAGAUAACAGACCCAAGUCCUCAACUACAGCACAAGAAGUUAAGACAUUGGAUGGCAUAUAUAUUGAGCAGGUUACUAUGGGUUAUUCCCACACCUUGACAAUUGCUCGGGAUAACGAAAACCAGGAAAAUGAGAAGAUAAAGAAACUAUCUGAGUACAGCCCUCGCACAAUCUAAUUGUUUAGAGAGGUUUUGAAACACCUGGACUCUACACGGCAGCUGAUAAAUUUACAGUGUACUAAGAGUAUGGUUGGACUGUAGAUCCGAAGACAACUGACUGAGUUUUUUAAGCAGUUAUGUUUCAUGCGUCUCUUUAUUUGGAGUCAAAAUUGGAUAGCAGAUUUGUAUUGUGAUAGCUUGUCAAACAACUUUAAGCCUAAAGCAGACUGAUCUGCUUAGAAAAUGUUGUAGGACUGUCCAGCAUUCUAAGUGCUUUCACCCUGUUUGCAUUUUAACUUCGAUAUUUUCUGUGUGAAGGAAUUGAAGGUCACAUUGAAGCUUUAUUUGAAAUGCAUUUUACCAUGUUAAGUUUAACUGAAAAUCUGCUAAUUAUAUGGGGCUUUCUCUGUUAGAGUUAAAAGCAGAUUGAACUUGUUUUUAAUGAGAUGCAUAUCAUGUUAGAUUUUGUUUAAUGAGACACACUGUCUUAAGAUCCUCAGGUUUAAGCCAUGUAAAUGUUCAAGGUCAACAGCCACAUAUUACACCAAGUACAUUCAGUUCAAAUAUGUUAUGUUGGCUGACUUAUAGACCACGUAAAUGCAGCGCAAUCCCCUCAACACAGAGUGCUGUGUUUUAUGGCUGGUAACUAUUCCUUUAUGUAUUUUUCAGAGUCUGCAGAUCAUUUUGGGUUGUAGUGGUCAGUGUAUCACCAGGGAUAACUAUAAAUAUCAUAAAUGUUAAGUAAUUGCUCUAAACAUGUCCUGUUUUGCUUUAUGGAUUACAAUUUAGGUGCCUUUUUGCCAUGCCUUUUCUAGGUUUUAAGUGGCAACAUCACUGGUUUUGUAAACUAAUGUACAUGUGUGUCUGUUCAUAUGUCUGUACACACUUCUGAAUAUGUUGUGAGCUUUUUUAACAUUACCUGCAUUUUAUGGGGUAAUUCAGAAACCUGUGAAUGGAAUACUUUGCUGUUAUUGUGAUACCUGCAACAGCUGUCAUUUCUAAUUCUCUAUACAUAUGUAUAGUCCAGUUCUGCCUGGGGGAGAGGAAUAUUUGUGUUUUAAAGCAUGUCUUAAUAGCUAGAGUUAAGGCAAAAAUGCCUACAAAGCUACAAAACCUCAUGGUUGGGCAGAGAUUUUUUUUUUGUGCUGUCAGGUGGUGCACACACGAAGCCAGCAUCAACUCCUUAUGCUGUUACAUUCCAUUUCUUUGCAUUUUUAAAGGAAUUUAAUAAAUGCAGUACUUUUUA